UCACCAUCGCUUUGCCAUCCCUCAUUCGUCUUCAUUCCACUGGAUCCCUCCGAAUAACCACCCAACAUGCGUGAAGUUAUCAGCUUGAACGUUGGCCAGGCUGGUUGUCAGAUUGCAAACUCCUGCUGGGAGCUGUACUGCCUUGAGCAUGGCAUUCAGCCUGAUGGAUAUCUGACCGAAGAACGUAAAGCUGCCGACGAUGACCAGGGAUUCAGCACCUUCUUUUCCGAAACCGGCCAGGGCAAGUACGUCCCCCGCACAAUCUACUGCGAUCUCGAGCCCAAUGUCGUCGACGAAGUCCGCACCGGCCCGUACAAGAGCCUCUUCCACCCCGAGUACAUGAUCACCGGAAAGGAGGACGCCUCAAACAACUAUGCUCGUGGCCAUUACACCGUGGGCAAGGAGCUCAUUGAUCAGGUCUUGGACAAGGUCCGACGUGUCGCCGACAGCUGCUCCGGACUUCAAGGUUUCCUUGUGUUCCACUCCUUUGGCGGUGGUACGGGUUCCGGUUUCGGUGCCCUGUUGAUGGAACGUCUGUCCGUGGACUAUGGCAAGAAGAGCAAGCUUGAGUUCUGCGUGUAUCCCGCACCCCAGAAUGCGACCUCCGUCGUCGAGCCCUACAACUCGAUCCUGACCACCCACACGACCCUCGAGCACUCCGACUGCAGCUUCAUGGUCGAUAAUGAGGCCAUCUACGACCUGUGCCGUCGCAGCUUGGGCAUUGAGCGCCCCAACUUCGAGAACCUCAACCGUCUCAUUGCUCAAGUCGUCUCCUCGAUCACUGCUUCCCUCCGCUUCGAUGGCUCCCUGAACGUCGACUUGAACGAAUUCCAGACCAACCUGGUCCCCUACCCCCGUAUCCACUUCCCGCUCGUCGCCUACUCACCCAUCGUCUCGGCUGCCAAGGCGUCUCACGAAUCCAACAGCGUCCAGGAGAUCACCUCGAAUUGCUUCGAGCCGAACACCCAGAUGGUCAAGUGCGAUCCCCGCACCGGGAAGUACAUGGCAACCUGCCUGCUGUACCGUGGCGAUGUGGUGCCAAAGGAUGUCCAUGCCGCCGUGGCGACCCUCAAGACCAAGCGCACCAUCCAGUUCGUCGACUGGUGCCCCACUGGCUUCAAGAUCGGUAUCUGCUUCCAGCCCCCGCAGACCGUUCCGAGCGGCGACCUUGCCAAGGUCAACCGUGCUGUCUGCAUGCUUUCCAACACCACCGCCAUCGCCGAGGCCUGGUCUGCGCUGUCCCACAAGUUCGACCUCAUGUACUCCAAGCGCGCUUUCGUUCACUGGUACGUCGGCGAAGGUAUGGAGGAAGGCGAGUUCUCCGAGGCCCGCGAGGAUCUGGCUGCCCUCGAGAGGGACUACGAGGAGGUCGCGGCGGACAGCCUCGAGGAUGAUGAGGGCCUUGAUGCUGAGUACUAGACGGCGAAACGUACAGGACCUAUAUCCCUGUUCAGGUCGGUUCUGAUCGUUUUCGCACGCGGAAAUCAUUUCUCUGGUACUGGAAUGCCUUGAAAGUCGAACUCUAGCGAAUCACCCUUUACUCUUGCUUUGUUAAAUAGGGAGAUGGAUUAGAACCGACAUCGUUGG